AUGGCGCGGUGGUCGUGGUGGCGGCUCUUCUUCCUCGUCCUGCUUCUCUUCUUCUCCUCUUCCAUUUCCUUUGCUCAGCAACUGUCACGCUCGCAGAUCACAACCCUCUUCCGUCUUCAGCGAAUCCUCGAGUACCCGGCGGCGCUGAACGGGUGGGGGAACUCCACUGACUUGUGCUUCCUCCCCCGCUCGCCGUCUCUGUCGAUCACCUGCGCCGGCAACCGCGUGACGGAGCUCUCCAUCUCCGGCGCCGGCGAGCGCCUCUCCGGCAGCUUCUCCAUCGACUCUCUCUUCACUGCCAUGACGAGGCUCCCAAGCCUCACCAUUCUCUCCCUCACCUCCCUCGGCCUCUGGGGACCGCUCCCGGCCAAGCUCAGCCGCUUCCGCUUCCUCCAGUCGCUGACUCUCACCUCCAACUACAUCUCCGGCAAGAUCCCCCCGGAGAUCUCCUCCAUGGCCGCGCUCGCUUCCCUCUCUGUCGCCGGCAACCGGCUCAACGGCACCGUCCCCGCCUUCGUCUUCUCCCUUCCCUCUCUCCGCCGCCUGGACCUCUCCGGCAAUCUCCUCACCGGGCAGCUCCCGGCGGCGCUGUCCUGCGCUGGCGGCCUCUCCUUCGUCGACCUCUCUAGGAACCGCCUGGUCGGGAUUCUGCCGGCGUGCAUCAGCUCCAACUCCUCCGCCAUGGCGGUGUUCGCCGCCGGGAACUGUCUCUCUUCGGGGGACCCGAGGUACCAGCGCCCCAGCUCCGAGUGCACCGACGGGGCCAUCGCCGCCGUGCUCCCCUCCGUCGCAGCCGCUACCGCCGGGAAGGACGGUCGGCGGUCGAGCCACAAUGUGGGCUUCGUCCUCGCCAUCAUCGGAGGGGCCGUUGGUGGCGCCGCGGUGCUGGGGAUGGCUCUGGCUCUGGUUCUUGUCAUCGGGAAGACGACCUCUACGAGGAUCGACGGAGCCGGCGGCGGCGAGAUGAAGCCCGCUGCCGGCGGGACCACGCCGGUGUGGGCGUCUCCGAGACUCGCCGCCGACGAAAGUGAGCAACCCCUCCAUCAUCUCUCCCCCUCUCAUCCCCUCAUCCAUCCUUUCACCAUGGCUGCUGCUUCUCGCCGGCAGGGCGGCCGCCGCUUCCCGGAGGGAGCAUGGGCUCGCUGGGCCUGCUCCCUCCGCGGGCCUUCACCAUGGAGGAGCUCGAGGACGCCACCAAUAACUUCGACGCAUCCAACCUGGUCCUCGAGACCUCCCUGCGCCAGGUUCAUCUUCCAAACUCCGCUCUCCGUUAUCCUACUCCUGCGCGACAUUAACCAGAGAGAUCCUCCUCCUCCGCCGCCGCCGGCCUGCAAUCUCUCAGGUAUACGCAGGGCGGAUCCAUGACGGCUCGGCGGUGGUGGUGGCGCGCCUGAAGCUAAACCAGAGGAGCUCCCCGCAGAGGGUCCUCCAGUUCAUCGAGGUCAUCUCCAGGCUGCGGCAUCCUCACCUGUGCAGCCUACUCGGCCACUGCGUCGGCUCCGGGGGGGAAAUGGCGGGCUCAAUUGCUUCCGUCUUCCUCGUCCUCGAGCGCCCCUCCAACGGAAACCUGAGGAGCCACCUGACUGGUAAAUAAAACCCAUCCCGUCGCCACCUUCUCCUUCCCCUUCGUCCUCCUCCUUCCUCCUCCGACGAGCUGCGGCCGCUGCUGCUCCGUUGCAGAGUGGCGGAAGCGAGAGGUGUUCAAGUGGCCGCAGAGGGUGGCGACGGCGAUCGAAGUGGCGAGGGGGAUCCGAUUCCUGCACACGGUCACCGUCCCCGGGAUCUCCGGGAACGACCUGAAGACGGAGAACAUCCUGCUGGACGAGACCCUCACGGCCAAGAUCACCAACUACAAUCUCCCCACGCUCUCGAACAAGACCCCCAGCCACGGCAAGGUCAGUCAGUUCAGACUCCCAUGAAGAACAACCGUUGACCUACCUCUCUGCUCAAUUUUCUUCCCUAUUCUCGUCGUCCCCAGGGAGCUUCGGAGAGCCCGCUGAGCCUCUUCGGCGACUCCAGCUGUGCCCAGUACUACCCUUCCCUCUCUCUCUUUCUCUCUCUCUCUCUCGCUGGCUCUCGCUGUGGGGCUGUAACGUUCGGCUUCUACAGGAUUCAGAGCGUGGAGGAAGGGGAGAAGGAGGACAUCUAUCAACUGGGGAUAAUCCUGCUGGAGAUCGUCACGGGUAAACCCGCCACCAAGAAGAAGGAAUUAGCCACCGUGAAAGUCCAGGUAGGCAAUCGGGACGUUGACUUCUGGGACGGAAGAUCCCCCUACCACCCCACGCAAGCGUUGACCUUCUCGACCGAUCUGCAGCUGGAGAAGGCCCUGGCCGAAGAACAGGGAACACAAGGCCUGAAGGAGCUGGCGGACCCCACCAUCCGCGGCACCUUCGCCGAUGACUCCAUGAGAACCGCCGUGGAGCUCGCCCUCAACUGCGUCUCCGAUGACCUCAGCCGCCGGCCGUCGAUCGACGACAUCCUCUGGAAUCUCCAGUACUCCGUCCAAGUCCAGGACGGCUGGGCGACCAGUGAGGGCUUCGAUGUUCUUCUUUCACAGGAACCCAGUUGA